AUGGAACCACCUCCCUCGCGAGUCCCAAGACGAUGGACACCAGAGGAAGAUGCGGUCCUGCGGACAGAGGCGACCUAUCAAUUAGUCGCUGCUGGCUCAGUUAGAGAUUGGAACAGAAUUGCAACCAAACUUCCGGGUCGAAUGAACAAGGACUGCCGCAAGAGAUGGAGCAAGAUAUCGGAGAAUGUGAGGAAGGGUAACUGGUGUACUCGAUGUCCACCCACAAAUCUCUCUCCGCUAAAAGGUGUCGACAGAUGGACUCAAGUCGCAGAAAUGGUUGGUACUCGACAUGCUGAUCAAUGUGCCAAGCGCUGGACCCAAUGCCUUGAUCCCUCUAUCGACCACAGUGACUGGAGAGAAGAGGAAGAUAAUAGGCUGCUAGCAGAGGUCGCUGCUUCUGGUCGAAACUGGAGGAAGAUUGCAGAGUUGUUCCCUGGCCGUACCAAGUUGGCACUUAAGAAUCGGUACACGGCUCUCAGACGAAAGCAGCACUCUCAACAGAUAGCAAGCAAUAGCCAGAGCCCUCAGCCGCACCCAAGUUUUUCCACCCAGGUUCAUCGAUCAGGGAGAGACGAAUUGAUGCAACUAUCGGACGAGCUUCCUUCGAGUGAGGAGGAGAUCUGUUCUUCGAUGGGAUCGACGAGGCCGCCAUCACGUUCCUCGAACCACAGCAAGAAAUCUCAAAGCCAGGCUGACAAUUUCAAUAUGGCCAUGGAUCCAUUGUCGGGGUUGACGACUCCGGCUAGUCAUACCGACUCAAGCGAGUUAUUUCAGUAUAUGCCGCACACUCCCAAUCAGAACUUCGGCUUUCAACAUCGCGAAAGCAUCGACCAUUCGCUCCUGGACUCAAGCAACUUUUCACCGUUGAAUUUGUCGAUGAGCGAGCCCAUGUUGACACCUCGACCUGAAUACAUGCCAACGUCCAUGCUUGAUGCCACGUACCCGGUGCAUGCUUCAAGUCUCCCAAAUGAGUGGCUUUCCGGGGGCCAAGCUUCGAACCAACACAUCCAAGGCUAUCCAUUCCCCGAAUCUUUUGAUAUUUCGUCCAUGAGUGGGGUCGAUCGACAUUAUGUGCCUCAACAAACAUCUUUGAGGAAGACCACCAUUGUGCUCGAGGAUAUCGAGGAGACCACAUUGAGCAAGGUCAUGAAUAUCCUUAUCCAAGAUAAAGCAAAAGUGAGGAUGGAGACAACGCACUCGGACCGAUCCUCAUAA